AUGGUGAUCAACUUCCAAAAGCAACAACUCUCUCUCCAGCCUCUCAGCAUCUCAGGCAGGGAUGUGGCAGAGGUGGAGGAAUACAAAUACCCGGGAUUAAUCGUCGACAACAGACUGAGCUGGAAGACCAACAGCACAGCUGUGUACAAGAAGACCUGCAGCAGACUCUACUUCCUGAGGAAACUGAGGUCCUUCAACGUGUGCAGCAAGAUGCUGGGAAUCUUCUACCAGUCUGUUGUGGCCAUUGAGUUUGUUUGUUUCAGAGUCAGAGAGCGUGUCUCUGUACAGUCAGAGGUUUUUGUACGACGCUUCAACCAGUUUGUAUCACUGUGGUGGACUUUUGGUGGAGGAACCAGACUGGAAGUUAACUUGGGUCAUGUGCCCCCCUCCCUGACCGUGCUCCUCCCCUCCACCAAGGAGCUGCAGCAGGGGAAGGCCACACUCAUGUGUGUGGCCAACAAGGGCUUCCCCUCAGACUGGACUCUGUCCUGGAAGGUGGUCGGCAGCAGCAGCAGCAACUGGGAGGAGAGCAGGAGCCCCGGGGUGCUGCAGAAGGACGGCCUCUACAGCUGGAGCAGCACCCUGAGGCUCUCUGCAGACCAGUGGGAGAAGGUGAUCUGUGAGGCCAAGAGAGGAUCCCAGACUGCAGUCUCAGAGACUCUCAGGAGAGACCAGUGCUCCCAGUCCUGAACGCAAACAUUCACAUAAUUGUUCCUUUUUUGUUUUUUUGUAAACGCUUUUUAAAGUUUCUUUUUAUUCUUUAUACAUUUUCCU